GGAGUAUAAGAGUGCGCAGUCGGGUAAGAGUACGCAGAUCAUUUUUAUUAUGUUGGUAUCACUGCAAGCUAAUGCCAGUGCGGUGUUUAGGUGUGUAUGCGUGAACGCUGUUUCCUACUAAGUUGUUUCGAGUUACGUGUAUUUUGCCUGGAAGUUAUAGAGGAAUAAGUGAUUUACUGUAAAAGGUAUGUAAUUUUUUUAAUAAACAAUUUAGUGUUUUUGAACUCUUUAAGAUUUGUUAUUUCGUUUAAAGUUUAUUUCAUAAUAAAGUACGUCAUGUCGAGAACAACAUGGCGUGGUUAGCAGUUCUCUAUGUGUACUGUGCUGCUAUCUGUUGACGAUGUAACGAAACACUACGUAUGUGGCUAAGAGUGCGCACUGGGUUUGUGAAUGCGUACUCUUAGCCUCCCACAUUUGUUCCACUGUUAUCAAAAGAAACUUUUCUCUAUGGAAAUGUAUCAUAUUACUUUAAGUGUAGUGAUAACAGCAAUACUAAAUAAUACAUAAAUACUUGUUUCUAUUAACAUUAUUUAUUAUUUUGAUGUGAAUUUACCUUCAUUGUUGCAGAUAUGAUAUCUUUAUGAAUGGCUCCAUACAAGCGAAAAAGUGAGAGGGUUCUGACCACACAGGACAUCUUAGAUGAAGCAAAACGGAAAAUAGAGGCUGGUGACAGUAAAAGGAAAGUGGCCAGAGAUUUGGGAAUUAAGGAAAGCACAUUAAGGAAAAGACUCAAAGCAGGGACGGUUCCGGUAUCACUUGGGCGCUUUAAAAAUGCUUUGUCAGAUGAAAUGGAAAAAGAACUUGCACAGCAUUGUAAAGAUUUGGACAACAGGUUCUACGGCCUUACAAGAAAGCACAUAAUGAAAGUAGCUUUUGAUUUUGCAGAGAAGAAUGGAGUUUCUGAAAGAUUCAACCAAGAAAAAAAGUUGGCAGGAAAAGAUUGGUUAAAAGGGUUUUGCAAACGCCACAAACUUUCUGUUCGUGCGCCAGAAUUAUGCAGUGUUGCAAGAGCGGUGGGUUUCAAUAAAGUUCAAGUUUCAAGAUUUUUUGAAAACUUGAAGCAGUGUCGUCUCGAAAAAAAGUUUCCACCGCACAGGAUCUUCAAUAUGGACGAAACAGGGGUCACUACGGUUCCCAACAAAACACCCAAGAUAAUUAGCCCCAAAGGAAAAAAAACUGUCUGCAAGGUGUCUAGCGCAGAAAGGGGGCAAACUGUAACUGCUGUAUGCUCCAUUGGCGCUACAGGUUUUUAUGUGCCACCUGCACUAAUUUUUCCCAGAAAAAGAAUGAAUAACAUGCUCUACAAAGAUGCUCCGACAGGAACUUUGCCUCUGAUCAGUGACACAGGAUACAUGACCACAGAUCUUUUUAUUGAAUGGCUCAAACACUUUGCAAUGUAUGUCAAACCAUCACUAGACGAUCCAGUUCUCUUAAUAGCAGAUAACCACUCAACUCACUGUUCUCUCGGUGCAGUUUUAUUUUGCAGGGAAAACCACAUAACAUUUUUAACCCUACCCCCACAUGGUAGUCAUCUUACCCAGCCUCUGGAUAGGGUUGUUUUUGCACCACUGAAGACAGCAUAUGCAACUGAAGCAGAAAAGUGGCUAGUACAAAAUCCAGGAAAGGUGAUAACUCUUUACCAAGUUGCAGGCAUUUUUGGUGCUGCGUACAGUGCCACUGCGAGUGUAAAACUUGCUGAAAGAGCAUUCAAAGCUACUGGAAUAGAGCCAUAUGAUCCUGAUGUCAUAAGCGAAGAUAUGUUUGCUCCAUCAUUGGUGACUGCUCAAAUUUCUAAUGAAGAGGGCUUAGGGCUAGCCCUACAUCAACCUGAAACCAUGUCUACUGAAGUUGAGAAGAACUGUGAUUCCAAUAAUUUGAAUAACGAUCAAGAAAAUGGCAAUUUGCUUUCUUCAGAACCCACAACAUCUGGCACAAUACGCAUUCAAAUUCAGUCAGUUCUGCCACUUCCACAACAUAAGCGGCAAGAAAGCAAAAACAAAAGACCAGCUCAAAAAUCAAAUAUCAUAACUUCAUCCCCUUACAAAAAUAUAUUAGAAGAGAAAGAGAAGGCAAAGCAAGAAAUAGAGAAGGCAAAAGCUGAUCGAGCUCUACUGAAAACAAGACAUGAGGCCGAGACAAAGAAUGCGAAUACAAAGAAAGUAAAGUCAAAAAAUAAACUUAGAGCCAAUUUUGAAACUGUUCAAAGUCAAGGUCCCUCUACAAGUCAUGGUGAACCAUCCACUGAAGUAACUACCUGCCCUGCUUGUAAAGAAUCCUAUGACGAAGACUGGAUCCAGUGUGGAAUAUGCAACGACUGGUGGCAUGAAGGAUGUUCCAGUUAUGAAGGCUAUGGACCUUUUGUGUGCGACUACUGUUGAUGCGGACUCUUACCCUCACUGAUGCGGACUCUUACCCGCAUAGUAGGCCAAGAGUACGCAUUUGGCAUUAUUUUGUAAAACAUUUUUAUUCGUCUCAUGUUUAAAUCAUAAUUGCUAGAAAAAAAUUCUGAUGUUUCCUGAUUGAGUAAAGCAUGUUCUGUAAAA